GCUGAGCGCUGUGAGCAGCCGGAUGUUGACAGGCCUGCUGCUGGGCUCGAGCCGCUGCCGCUGCUAAUAUCACGUUUCCAGAAGUCUCCGCGUCUUGCUAGAACUUUCUGCCGCUACAGAAACACCGCAGACACCCGCAGCACACCCAUGGCAGCCCAACGCUUCACCGACAGCUUCAUCGACGAGGACCCUCACAGAGCCGUGCAGGAACUUAAUGACGCCUUGCAAGAAGACCCUGACAAUGCUGAGUGGUUUUGCCAGCGUGCCUACGCCCACAUUCUUCUCAAAAACUACAGCUGUGCUGUUGAUGAUGCCAAAAAAGCGCAGCAGCUGAAACCCAGCCUUCCCCUCGCUUUCAUGCGAACAGGAAUCGCAGAAUACCACCUGAGCCACUUUGGGCCAGCGCAGGCAGCGUUCACUCAGGGACACCAACUGGACGUUUCUGACACAUCAUUCGAGAUCUGGAUCAAGCGGUGUGAAGAGAUGAUGGGAAAUCAGACGCAGACCGACGGCGGCAACAGGCAGACACCAGCGGCUACAACUGUGAAACAUGACUGGUACCAAACAGAGUCUCAAGUCAUCGUCACAGUCAUGGCAAAAAAUGUACCCAAGGAUGGUGUGUGUGUCAACUUCAUGGAAAAAGAGCUCGCUGCUACGAUACAGCUGGCAUCAGGAGACAACCACAACCUCGACCUGCACCUCCUGCACGCCAUCAUCCCCGAACAGAGCAACUUCAAGAUCCUCAGCACCAAGGUGGAGUUCAAGAUGAAGAAGACAGAUGCCAUCAGAUGGGAGAAGCUGGAGGGAGAAGGACAGGAGUCCAACAUCAAACACUUCAAUCCCAACCAGUACCCGUCAUCGUCCCACUUCACCCACAAAUGGGACAAGAUGGUGGUGGACAUCAGUGAGGAGGAGAAAAAUGAGAAGCUGGAAGGAGACGCGGCGCUCAACAAGCUCUUCCAGCAGAUCUACAGCGACGGCUCAGACGAGGUCAAACGGGCCAUGAACAAGUCCUUUAUGGAGUCCGGUGGCACAGUCCUGAGCACCAACUGGGUCGACGUGGGCAAAAGACGAGUAGAGAUGAACCCACCAGAAGACGUAGAGUUCAAGAAGUACUGAGCAGCUCUCUCUUCUUCCUUUUUCUCUGUUUGACUUCGUUCUUCACGUUUGUCCGUCUGAGCUCCAGCGGGGUCCUCGCUGCCCUGCAGGCUCCGCAGUCCUCCACUUCCUCCUCCUCCCGCAGUUGUGCUGUUGCUGUUUUCACUAAGUGCAGGGAGCCUCCGUGUUCCCACUUUUACUCCACCAAACCACCCACGACCCGCUCUCUGCAAUAACUUCUACAUUAAUUUGGAUAAUCUGUUGAGCAGAUUGACAUGAUCUCAUUUUUAAAGGCCAAAGGACUCAAAGGGGAAGUCUGGAUUAAAAUGUGACUGACAGAAUCUUCUUUUCUCUCCUCUGCCUCUCCUGGUUUUCGCUAAAACGCCCACAGCCUUCGUGUUUGGGAGCCUUUUAUGACUUCUUAUUAUCAGCACUUGUAUAAUAUGUAAAAAUGAAGAACCAGGUGCGAUGUUUAAAUGAUAUCUAUGAUUGCAUUUCUUGGCUCACGCAGUUCUUUUUCUGCACACAGUAAAAGUCAACAGCAAUACUCUGCAAACUGACUUGUCUGGGAUGUGUGUGACAUGUCAGCCCGUGGCUUAGCACCGGUCGUUCCCUCAGUGUGAUUCAAGCUUCACUGUAAAUAAAAGAUUUGUUGUUUGGCUCACAAA